GUGUUAUAAAAUACAAAAAUGGCUACUGUUCUAAAAUCAGGUGUAAAACAUGCAAAACCUAUACUAUCAUUAACUCAUGGAGAUGCUCGUAGAAGAACAUUAAAUUUGUAUAAAGCAUGGUAUCGUCAAAUUCCAUAUAUCGUAAACAAUUACUUGUUACCAAAAACAGAGGCAGAGUGUAAACAGAAGUUACGGGAAGAAUUUAAACGUUAUGCUCAUAUACGUGAUAUAAGAGCAAUUGAUUUGCUACUUAUUAAAGGACAAAUGGAACUUCAAGAAAUUUGUAGCAUCUGGAAACCAACUGGAAACCUGUUGAAUUAUUGGAAAGACACUGAAGAACCAAAGCCAACGGAUUUUAUGUCAAAAUUCAUUGCAGGGCAAGAUUGAAUUUUGUGAUAUUAAAACAUAUAAGUUGCAUAUUGUAAUUAGAUACAUCUAUACAUAUAAUUUAUAAGCCAUGUAAAAAGAGUAUGCACACACAAACAUACAUAUAUAUAUAUAUAAUAUAUGUUUCGUUAAUUAGGUAGGAGUUA